AUGGCAAUUAUACAUUUAACUGAAAAAAUAAAAAGAGCAAUUGAAAGCAAUGAAUUUACAAUAGGAAUAUUUCUGGACCUGUCAAAAGCAUUUGACACUGUAAAUCAUGAUAUUCUGUUACAAAAAUUAGAGUCUUAUGGAAUAAGGGGGAUAGCGAGGAAAUGGUUUCAAAGCUAUUUAACAGAUCGAGAACAGAUUGUAAAAUAUAAUAAG